GGCAGUUGUGUUUUUGCAUGAUGACAACAUUUAAUUUGUCUAUUUCAUUCGAAUUCUGUUGAUGUAAUCAAUUUCGUCAGCUGUUAAAUUACGAAAUUUAUUAGUCAUAAGUGCAAAGUGACUAGUCAUUAGAAAGCUGCUGAGAAAUAUAAACAGAUCACGUAUUUAUAAAAGAUGGAGUUACCUGAUUUGGGUGAACAUUGUUCGGAACAGACUUGUAACAGAUUAGAUUUUCUACCAAUGAAAUGUGAUGCUUGCAAGAAAGUAUUUUGUGGUGAUCACUUUCAAUAUGCAAAGCACAAUUGUAAAGAUGCAUACAGAAAAGAUGUUCAAGUCCCAGUGUGUCCAUUAUGCAACAAACCAAUUCCUGUUGAAAAAGGUCAGAUACCUGAUAUAGUUGUUGGACAACAUAUCGACACAUUUUGUAAAUCUGAUCCUAACAAGACAAAAAGAAAGGUAAGCAUUUUUUAAUUGUUCUGAAUAGUUGUUAUAGAUGAUAGAAACAAAGAUUAUAUUAAUAGAUUUAGUUUAUAUAUAAAUAUAAACCUUCUUAUAAUGAAUUUUAUUCACCAAGUAAAGCUUAAAAUAAUUUAUAGUACAAUGCACAGAUGUUUAUUCUUUUAAUGAAAAAUAAUUUAUUAUAAAGAUAAGUGAUCAUACAAACAUAGCAAAAGCUCAGAUUUGGGAAAAUACGUGAGGGGACCCAAAAAAAACCAGAUUUUUUGUAUAAAAGCUUUAUUUAUUAACUUUUUUACAAAAUUCCUUCAGACACCUUCAAAGUACUCUCCAUUAGAUGCAAUGCACUUGUCAAGUCUUUUUCCUCUUUGUUUGAAGCAUCUCUGGAAUGCUUCAACCUUGAUAUCGUCCAGUGCCCUUAGCAAAGCUGUUUUUAUUGCCUCCACAUCAUCAAAACGCUUCCCUUUUAGAUUUUUCUUCAUUCUUGGAAACAGAAAAAAGUUGCACGGGGCUAGGUCUGGUGAAUACAGAGGAUGGGGAACGACAGGCCAUCCCUGAGAGGCCAAAUAGUGGGUCACUCAUAAAGCCGUGUGUGCAGGGGCAUUGUUGUGAUGAAUGAACCAGUCACCUGAUCGUCAAAGUUCCAGGCGUUUCCUUCGCACAUCCUCUCACAGACGUCUUAACACUUUUUUGGUGGAUUUUUUUCAACGUUUUCAUUGUUUUGAGAUGUUGAAGGACACCCAGAACUUCACAGGUGGAACAAAAUAACAGUAAGAGAAACACAACACUAUGCUCAAACGUAAACCUACAAACUGAUGCCAUUUGCACAGCUGUUUUGUGAAGGUCUCUACUAACCCCAUGUAACAGGAGAACUCUCUACUACGUCUACGAAUUGUAGCACGCUCUCAGUUCAGGUACUUUUUUUUUUUGGGUCCCCCCUCAUAUGUU